UGAAAAUAUGAAUUGUGUUAUUGUUGUUAUUAUUAUUAUUGUUGUGUACGUGAAGUGUAUGUAAAAGCGUCGCUACAACGCUUGUGGCUAUAUAUAGAAGUUAUCUGGUUUUAAUGCCCAAAAUCAAAUACGCAAUAGUAUAAUGGUGAAAGAACCUGUUCAAGAGCGUGAUAAUACCAUAAAAAAGCGCCGUAAAGGUGUUACUAGCAGUACGUCUGCACCUCCAGCAAAAGUUCCUGAGGGCGACAUUUAUAAGAAUGUAAUAGAGUUCGAGGAAGCUGAGGCAUCUGCUCGGGAUCCUGAAAAGGACAUGGUUUUGUUUCGUAAGACAUGUGAUGAUAUUCGCACAUUAAUGGAAGAAAUUUCUGAACUGAAGGCAAAAAAUACAGGUGUAAAUAGUGAGCAAGUCCUGGCAGAUAUAUCAGAAAAGCGUGUCCAGGCUUCAUUAUUAUUCGUUGUGUUGAAGAAAUUGAAUCGUCUGGAGAAAUUUCGUACCAAAACAUCAAGAGAUACUUUGAAUCGUGAGAAGCAGCAAGUGGAUAGUUAUCAUCUCCAGUUACAAAAUUUGCUUUAUGAAAUUUUACACCUCAAGAAGGAAGUAACUAAGUGUCUCCAGUUCAAAUCAAAAGAUGAAGAAAUUGAUCUUGUGCCAGUGGAAGAAUUUUUUAAGGAAGCACCAGAGUCGCUCUCACGUCCAGAUGUGACAAAAAAUGACUCUCAUCAACUCAAGUUAGCAAGACUGGAAUGGGAACUGGAGCAGCGCAAACAGUUGGCAGUUCUGUGCCAGAAAUUGCAGGCAGCAAAAGAGACAGUAGCUAAGGAGAUACAGAGUAAAAGAGAGAGGUUGGACAACCUAACACCACGUCUAAAAAAUAUACUUGAGGUGACAAGACCUCUACAAGAUUAUCUUGGAUUACCUCUGGACAAGAUCCGCAGACAACAUCAAGCUGCCUACCAUUUACCUAAACCUCUUUAUGUUUUGUAUGUUCAAGCAGAUGCUUACAGGGAAGCAUGUGAUCCAUUGUUGACUGUCGCUGUGAGUGGUGAUGAAGAAGAAGCCAGGUCAUUAAAACAGUCCGCAGAUGACUCGGCCGCAGCAGAGGAAUCUGAUUCAGAUCAAGAGGACUGUGGAGACCGACAGAAGCGACAUCAUCGCAAGCUUUCACGUACUGACCGUCUUGAAGAACGCAAGAAGAGACUUCUCUUACGGCAUCCACUGACAGUGGACAUCACCAUCAAACUUCAAGAUGGAAAUAGCUUGUUGCUGAGUUUCAACUACCUGGUUCAUCUUCAUGUUGUAACUGUAAAGAUUCGGGUUACUCUAGCGCAGGCUGUUCAUGGAAUUUCAGCUGGGGAUUUAAUUGCACCUCAUAACAUACUAGCAGCACUAUUCCCACAUGAUCUUGGCUUAGACAGUCCGAACGUGGCAAAUCAUUAUCAGCUUCAGUCUGUUGGACUGGAAGAUUUUGCUAGCUACAUCCCAGAAUUGGGAAUACCAUUUAUAUGGGCCCAGCGUGUUGCUGGUCUUGACUUCAUGGGUGCCAGGGCAACUGAAAUAAUGGGAAGUGUACAAGAAAGCAGCAAGGAAAGUUAUGUUACCAUGGAGCCGCAGACAGUGGUGAGCCAGGCAAGUGUUGAAAGUGUAAUGCGUGCCAUUCGUCAGAGACUGAAGGCUCGGCUUGCAUUGUGUAGGCAGGUGCAAGCCCUUGAGGCUGGUUUGGUGUCUGUACCUCAUGCCAUUCGCAGUAAUUUCCCAGCCAAGAUAUGUACCAGUUUAUCCUCAUGGCAGCCAAUAUCAUGGGAUGAUUUCCGCCAGGCGCCACACACACAGGCACUUGUUCAGGCCCAGUGUGUUAAUCGUGGAGAUACUUUUUAUAGGGCUGUACUAGCAAGAGGUACUGCAAAAUUGACGGCACUUAUAGGUGUGAAAUGUGACUAUCCACGCACACCUACUGUCUUCUGUCUGCAUUUAAACUGGCAUGGUGAACACAGUGCUGGAAAUAAUGAUGCAAUCAGGGAUAUGGAACGUGAACUUAAUGUUCACUGGAUGGAACUGGUGGGUGGAGUGGGUUGGGGUAACACCCUCUUAGCAGCCCAGUUACUGCGACUCAUGGCUUGUCUAGACGUGUUCCUGGAGUCAUCAGGUGCUACGGGUGUCUCUCCUCCAGAGUUUCCUCGUGACAAAAUAUUUUUCCAGCCUGUCAGGGGUAGAAGUCGCAGCAGACCCUACAAAUAUCUACGAGUUGCUGGUGGUAUUUUCACACAUCGCUGAAACAUCCAAAUCUUUUGGUGUAUAUUCUUGUCAGUUUAUGCAAUACCAUUAUGAUUGUUGUUCACAUCCUUGGUGAAGAAGUUCACAGUUUAUAGCUGAACACCUAAUACCAUCCUCCAUAAUAUAUCUGUGAAUUCUUAUUGUGUCUCGUGAAUGUUCUCAUCUGUCAUGUUUAGUUAUGUGUGAAUGUGAUUGAAGGCAGAUUUUUUUUCUCCAAAUGUUCCUGAUAUUACAUUCUAAAUUUUGUUAAAAAUGUUGUGAAAGAAGUUUGAAUUUGACAAAAAUGAAAUUAUUUCAUAUGAUGGACCAUUGAAA